UUAAUCCACGCGGCUCUUCGAGAGGCCGUAUGCAGAAGUCACGUAUAUAACUCCCGCGUGUGUCCCCUUCCUUACCUUUUUCAUCCUGCUUGGACAUAUAUAUAACCCGCCCGUCGUUACUGCGUUCUUGUUCACCCAGGCUUUUUCGCCCGAUCUGUCGCGUCUACCAUCGACCGGCCACGGGCCGGAUAGAAAAAUAAGACCUCAAGGCAGCAUUACUGUCGUUAAGGUCGAAUCCAGUGCCAAGCCAUCCCGUCCUAUACGCCACUCCUCUCGACUGCGUGCAGUAAAAGACACGAUAUCCACCAUGCCCUCCUUGCUCAGGCACUCGAGGUCCUACUCGUAUCCUCCAUGCAUCGACACUGUCGAGCUUGCUUCUCCAAUGGUGGAGGAUCUCUCGAACAUUGAUGAAAAUCCUUUCGAACACUUUCUAUCCCCUCUUCUUGAAGAGGAUGACCCAUACGACGGCUUGUCCAUGAGCGCAGGCAUCAUCGUCCCGGACGGACCCCGCACCUCCAAGUCGUCAAAGUUCAAGUCCACUGUCGCCGAUAAAUGGGCUCAAUAUGUCAAGCAGAACCAUCUCGAGAUCCAUGGUCGCUACCACGAUGCUGCGCUUGACGAUGAUGAAUCCUUCAUGCAGCUUGAUGAUGAGCGGUUGAUGGACACCCCCCACAUGGUAUCUCAACUCAGUUCACCUACUACGCCAAAGAUCAUCAUCACCGCACCCACCCGGGGUCGCGCUCAAGAGCAUGUCGUUCGCAAGGGCCGCAGCCGCCACCGGACGUCACGGACCCUGUCGGGACAUCGCCAUUCAUGGAGAGAGCCUAGUCCAGAGCUCUUCACCGUCGACGAGAGUCAAGAAGAAGCUGAAAGCCCAACGCUCAAACGCACUAAGACGCGGAAGACCAAGGAUGGCGCCGAGCGCCGGAGGUCGAAGACGGAGGUGGUGGAGAAGUCUAGACUGUAAAUAGGAGGUAUACAUGAAGGACUUGGAAGCAUACUCAAAUUGAACAUUUGGGAAUCGGAUACAAGAAAUCAGGCUUCGCACACGCAAGGAAAACCUAUCCGCAUCUGCAUUGGGAGGUGUUGGGGAGUUGAUUGCUCCUUGUUCAUGGCAUUUCUAGGCGUUGGUAUUGCUACAUUUUUAUACCAGCAU